AUGCUUCAUUUUUUUAUCUUUACAAUCUUCCUCUAUUCUUCCUGUUUUCAUUUCUUUCUGUUCACUUCCUUUCUUCCAUCAUGUUUCACUCUCACCUUCUUUCUUUCCUUCUUUUUUUCUAAUUUCCCUUCCUACCAGUUUCUAUUCCUUUUUUCCUUUCUAAUCUCACCCAUUUCCUCCCUUUCUCCUUCAUUACUUCAUUCCAGGUGCAACUGCUUACUCCCAUUCAUUCGUCCAUCCUUCCUUCUUCCUUCCUUCCUUCCUUCCUUUUAUCCCUCCUUUCUUUAUUCCAGGUGUAACACCCCCUCCUCUUUCCCCUUCACCUUCCUUCCUUUUAUCCCUCCUUUCUUUAUUCCAGGUGUAACAUCUCCUACUCUUCCCACUUCACCUUCCUUCCUUCUUUCCUUCCUUCCUUUUAUCCCUCCUUUCUUUAUUCCAGAUGUAACACCCCCCUUCCCCCUUCCUUCCUUCCUUCAUUCCUUCUUUCCUUCCUUCCUUUCUUUCUUUAUUCCAGGUGUAACACCUCCUCCCCUUCCCCCUUCACCUUCCUUCCUUCCUUUCUUCCUUCCGUCCUUUUAUCCCUCCUUUCUUUAUUCCAGGUGUAACACCCCUCCCUUCCUUCCUUCCUUCCUUUCUUUUAUCCCCCUUUCUUUAUUCCAGGUGUGUAACACCCCAUCCUCCCCUUCCUUCCUUCCUUCCCUUCCUUCCUUCCUUCCUUCCUUCCUUCCUUCCUUCCUUCCUUCCUUCCUUCCAGGUAUAACACCUCCUCCCCUUCCCCCUUCACCUUCCUUCCUUCCUUUCUUCCUUCCGUCCUUUUAUCCCUCCUUUCUUUAUUCCAGGUGUAACACCCCCCUCCCAAUUCCUUCCUUCCUUCCUUCCUUCCUUCCUUCCUUCCUUCCUUCCUUCCUUCCUUCCUUCCUUCCUUCCAUCUUUCCUUUCCAUCUUUCUUUUUAUUACAACUCAGAUUUCUUCUAUUACUUCAUUCUCAUUUCCUUUCUUUCCAUAUUUCGUUUUUCUUUCCUUUCUUCAUUUUCACCAACUUUAAUUCAUUUCUUCUUGCCUUCUUUCAUGCCUGUCAACCUUUUCUCCUUUCUUUUUUUUUUCUUUUCGUAUACUUAUUCAUUAUUCCCGCCUUCCUUUCAACUGAACUCUUUUUCUUUCUACAAUUUUCCUUUAAUGACACUUCCCUUAUUUCCAAUUCUCAAAUCUAUCAUCCGGCCUUAUUCUCACAGCGCUAUCUCUUUAAAUAGCACACAAAUUCUAAUUAAAUCCAUUUAUUUUUUCCCAUUUUCCUCUUUUAUCUUUUACUUCCUUUCUCUUCCUUUCUCUUUUACUUCCUUUCUUUUCUAUUUCAUCUCCUUCUCUUUUAUUUUUCUUACCUUCUCUUUCUAUUUAUACGCUUCUUUUAUUUUCUUUUAUUUCUUUUAUUCUUUUUUUUUUCCUCUCCUUUUCCUUCUUCUUCUUCUUCUUCUUCUUCUUCUUCUUCUUCUUCUUCUUCUUCUUCUUCUUCUUCUCUCUUUUAUAGUUUCUUUUUUUUUCUCACCACAUAUAUCUACUCCUGUUUUUCUUAUUACUUUUUGUCUUUUAUCUUUUCCCACGCGUCUGUCUUUCUAUUUUGUAUAUCCCGCCUGCUUUUACAUUUUCGCCGGUUUUUCACCAUUCAAUUUUCAUCUAAUUUUCUCUCUUCCAUUGCCUUUUGCUUUUUCUUCAUUCAUUAUUGUUUCCUUUUCGUUCUUCCAUUGUUGUUUGCUUUGUCCUCUUUCAUUUUCGUCUUUUUUUUCUUUCGUCCAUAAUCGUCUGCUUUUCUUCUGCAUAUUACACUUUCAUUGUCGUCUGCUUUUCCUUCUUCCAGUUUCGUUUACUUUUUUUUCACCUUUUGAAUUUGCGUCUUCAAUUUUCUUCUCUUUUCAAAUUCCGUCUGCUUUUUCCUCUCCCAUUGUCUUCUGUUUUCUUUUUCAUCGUUGUCUACUUUUUCGUAUUUUAUUGCCGUUUGUUUGCUUUUUUAAAUCCGUUACCGCUUGCUUUUUCUUCUUCCAUUGUCGUAUGCUUUUUCUUCUUCUAUUGUUGUCUGCUUUUUCCGCUUCCAUUGUCGUUUCUUUCUUCCCUUCCCAUUGUGGAUUUCUUCUUCCUCUUUCAAACUUUAUUAUCGUUUAUUUUAAAUUAAAAUUUAUUUUCUGUUUAUCUGCUUUUACCUCUUCUGUCUUUACUUUCUCGUCUGCCAUUUCUCUUUCCAACCUGUCUUCCUUUUCUUUUUCAAAUUUUCUUCCUUGUUUUUUUCAUCAGCCCAUUUCAUGUCUUUAA